AUGGAAAUGCCGCUUCCGGUCCAAGAGAACCUGUUCCCGCCUAUCGAAGACAAACCGUCGACGGGAAGCAUAGCAGCCACGCUGGAGUUUGCCGAGCGGCAGCAGAAGGCGCGUGAGGAAGGUCGAGAAGAUUGGAGAGCGCUGGAGGAUGACAGCUCCACGAGACUCAAGGCGAGAAUGGUCAAUGUCUCGUUGACCUUGUCGACGGAGAUCAAACAACGACUGCCGUCCGAGGGCGUUCGCUGGCUGUACCUGCGGAAUAAAUACAAGCACAUUCUACAGGGACAGAUGGAUAUGGAGGUUUUGCUGUUUAACGAGAAGAUGGAUUUGAUUGCGAUCAGUCAUCAGACAGCAGUUCUUAUUCCGCCGGUUUCUAAGAUUCAGAAGCUGUGA